AUGGCUUCCAAGAAGAAGUGGGCUGAGCGGAGGGAGCUGCGAAGGGAGCGGCCCUUCUCCACCCGGGAUGAUUCAUCUGUUGCAUCUGGGACAUCUGGGCCAGGGCGUCCCACCACCAGGGGGCGUUUCUCAGAGUCGUGGAAGAGGCUAAGCUCCAGAGGGGGGUCUACCAAGAGGGGGGUGCUCAACUCUCAGCAGCCACCGGCACAGAAAUCGUGGAUAGAAAGAGCAUUCAGCAAGAGAGAAUGUGUUCAUAUCAUAGUGAGCGCCAAAGACCCCCAUAGGUGCUGCUGUGGUCGUCUGAUAGGUCAGCAUGUGGGCCUGCCCCCGGGCAUCUCAUCCAGUCAGAAUGAUAAAGCAGAGCGUUUGGCCAAGAAUGACAGCCUGUCAGAGAAGUGGUCAAUCAGCAAACAUACACAGCUCAGCCCCACUGAUGCCUUCGGCACCAUUGAGUUCCAGGGAGGAGGACACUCCAACAAAGCCAUGUAUGUGCGAGUGUCUUAUGACACCAAGCCUGACCUGCUGCUCCACCUGAUGACCAAGGAAUGGCAGCUGGACCUGCCCAAGCUGCUCAUCUCAGUCCAUGGGGGCCUGCAGAACUUUGAAUUACAACCGAAACUCAAACAGGUCUUCGGGAAAGGGCUCAUCAAGGCUGCCAUGACAACUGGAGCCUGGAUAUUCACUGGAGGUGUGAACACAGGGGUGAUUCGCCAUGUGGGUGAUGCACUGAAGGACCACGCCUCCAAGUCAAGGGGGAAGAUCUGCACCAUUGGCAUUGCUCCAUGGGGCAUUGUAGAAAAUCAGGAGGAUCUUGUGGGCAAAGAUGUGGUGCGUCCAUACCAGACCAUGUCCAACCCGAUGAGCAAGUUGACCGUUCUAAACAGUCUCCAUUCCCACUUCAUCCUGGCAGACAAUGGUACCACGGGAAAAUACGGCGCUGAGGUCAAACUGCGACGCCAGCUAGAGAAACACAUCUCCCUGCAGAAGAUCAACACACGCAUUGGUCAGGGUGUGCCGGUGGUGGCUCUGAUUGUAGAGGGAGGUCCUAAUGUAAUCUCUAUAGUACUGGAGUACCUCAGGGACACUCCUCCAGUCCCUGUGGUGGUGUGUGAUGGCAGUGGCAGAGCCUCAGACAUCUUGGCCUUUGGACACAAAUACUCUGAGGAGGGAGGCAUAAUUAAUGAGUCUCUAAGAGACCAGUUGCUGGUGACCAUCCAGAAGACAUUCACCUACAGCCGCACACAGGCCCAACAUCUGUUCAUCAUUCUCAUGGAGUGCAUGAAGAAGAAGGAGCUGAUAACAGUUUUCCGGAUGGGGUCAGAGGGUCAUCAGGACAUAGACCUUGCCAUCCUCACUGCAUUACUCAAAGGUGCCAACGCUUCUGCUCCUGACCAGCUGAGUUUAGCACUGGCGUGGAACAGAGUGGACAUUGCCCGCAGUCAGAUCUUCAUCUACGGACAACAGUGGCCUGUUGGUUCCUUGGAGCAGGCCAUGCUGGAUGCUCUGGUUUUGGACAGAGUUGACUUUGUAAAGCUUCUGAUUGAAAAUGGAGUCAGUAUGCACCGUUUCCUCACGCUUUCCAGACUGGAGGAGCUCUACAACACGAGACAUGGACCAUCCAACACGCUGUACCACCUUGUCAGAGAUGUCAAAAAGCGAGAAUAUCCAGGGUUCAGUUGGAUCUACUUCAAGGGAAACCUGCCCCCGGACUACCGCAUUAGCCUCAUCGACAUUGGACUGGUCAUUGAAUACCUCAUGGGCGGGGCAUAUCGCUGUAACUACACCAGGAAGAGAUUCAGAACUCUAUACCACAACCUCUUUGGACCCAAAAGGCCCAAAGCCCUGAAACUGCUGGGGAUGGAGGAUGACAUGCCAAUCCGCAGAGGCCGCCAGAAGACUACACGUAAACGAGAGGAGGAGGUGGACAUCGAUUUGGACGAUCCGGAAAUCAACCACUUCCCUUUCCCCUUCCACGAGCUGAUGGUGUGGGCUGUGCUUAUGAAACGGCAGAAGAUGGCCCUGUUCUUUUGGCAGCAUGGCGAAGAGGCCAUGGCCAAGGCCUUGGUAGCCUGUAAGCUUUGUAAGGCCAUGGCACACGAAGCCUCAGAGAAUGACAUGGUGGAUGACAUCUCCCAGGAACUAAACCACAACUCCAGAGAGUUUGGCCAGCUGGCAGUGGAACUCCUAGACCAGUCCUAUAAACAGGAUGAGCAGAUGGCCAUGAAGCUGCUGACGUAUGAGCUGAAGAACUGGAGUAACGCCACCUGCCUGCAGCUGGCAGUAGCGGCCAAACACAGAGAUUUCAUCGCUCACACCUGCAGUCAGAUGCUGCUGACCGACAUGUGGAUGGGACGCUUGCGCAUGCGCAAGAACUCCGGACUGAAGGUAAUCUUAGGGCUGCUUCUGCCACCAUCCAUCCUGAGUCUGGAGUUCAAGAACAAGGAUGAAAUGUCUUACAUGCCCCAGGAUCAGGAGGCCUACCUGCAGGAGAAGGAGGAGGAGGAGCCUGAGAAACCAGUCAAGGAGAAGGAGGAAGAAGACAUGGAGUUCACAGUAAGAUCUUACUGUGAGGCGCAGUACAACUCCGUGGCCAUGCUUGGUAAGGUAACCACAGAGACAUCCAGAAAGAAGGAUGUUGAGGAGGUUCAGAACCGCCACCGCCUCAUCCCCAUGGGACGCAAGAUAUAUGAGUUCUACAAUGCUCCGAUUGUCAAGUUCUGGUUCCAUACGAUGGCAUAUGUGGGCUACCUGAUGUUGUUCAACUACAUUGUCCUGGUCAAGAUGGACCUGUGGCCUUCUCCUCAGGAGUGGAUCGUCAUUGCUUAUAUCUUCACCAAUGGCAUUGAGAAGAUGAGAGAGAUCCUGAUGUCAGAGCCAGGGAAGUUAUUACAGAAGGUGAAAGUGUGGCUUCAGGAGUACUGGAACAUCACAGACCUCAUGGCCAUCCUCAUAUUCUCGGUCGGCAUGGUUCUGCGUCUCCAGGAGCCACCGCUCAUGAGCUAUGGGCGGGUCAUCUAUUGUGUUAACAUCAUCUAUUGGUACAUCCGGCUGCUCGACAUCUUUGGGGUCAACAAGUACCUGGGUCCCUAUGUGAUGAUGAUUGGCAAGAUGAUGAUCGACAUGAUGUAUUUCGUUAUCAUCAUGUUGGUGGUGCUGAUGAGUUUUGGGGUGGCACGUCAGGCCAUCCUCAACCCAAAUGAAGACCCAUCCUGGAUGCUAGCUAGGAACAUCUUCUUCAUGCCUUACUGGAUGAUCUACGGAGAGGUGUUUGCCGACCAGAUUGAUCGUAAUAGGAAGUUACAGCAAAGGCUGAAUGAAAAACUCUGGCUGGUCGAAAAUUACUUUCGAACUCACGGAACCUGGCGUAAUAAUGGUCCAUUCCACAUUGCCCAGUGCAGUCAAAAUCCCACCCCCUGUGGGCAGAACAUCACUACGGAGGAUGGGGUGGUAGUGGCUCUGCCUCCCUGUAAGACGGGUGCCUGGAUUGUCCCCGCCAUCAUGGCCUGCUAUCUGCUGGUUGCCAACAUACUGCUGGUCAAUCUUCUCAUAGCUGUGUUCAAUAAUACAUUCUUCGAGGUGAAGUCCAUCUCCAACCAGGUUUGGAAGUUCCAGCGCUACCAGCUCAUAAUGACCUUCCAUGAGCGGCCAGUCCUUCCUCCACCACUCAUCAUCUUCAGUCACAUAACCAUGGUCCUCAAGCACCUGUGUUGUCGCUGGCGCAAGCAUGACGAGGACGAGAGGGACUAUGGACUGAAGCUUUUCAUCACAGAGGAGGAGCUGAAGAAAGUCCAUGACUUUGAGGAGCAAUGUAUAGAAGAGUACUUCAGAGAAAAAGAUGACAGAUUCCACUCCUCAAAUGAUGAGCGCAUCAGAGUCACUUCUGAAAGGGUGGAAAACAUGGCAAUGCGUCUGGAGGAAGUCAAUGAGAGGGAACACUUCAUGAAGGCAUCACUGCAGACUGUUGAUAUUCGUCUGGCGCAAAUGGAGGAGCUGAUUGGACGAAUUGCCGUAGCGCUGGAGCGUGUGACAGGGGUCGAACGUGGUGAGGUCAACAAAGCACGCUCCAGAACUUCAUCUGACUGCACAGACUCUGCAUACAUACUCCGCCAGGGUGAGUGCCCAGAAGCAGCAUACAUCCUCCGUCAAAGCAGCUUUAACAGCACAGAGGGGAAUGCCUACCGUCUACACGAGGCACUGGAGGGAACAGCUGAGGGCUCCAUGUCCCCUCCUUCUCCUACUGGCAUGGCCACACGGACAAGGAGCCACUCAUUUUAUGUAGGUGGCGGUCGUGGUGGUGAACGUGCUAGUGGAGCUGAACGAGCUGAGAGCUUCUUCAAAGAGCGCUCGCUCAGUCUCCACCGAGCCAACAGCUCACAAUCUGUGUCUUCAGCUGCCGCCCCCAAGGAGUCUAAGCCCCUCCCCCUGGCGACGCUGUCGGUCUCCCAGCAGCACCGUCCAUCAUCAUGCAUUGAUAUCUAUGUCUCAACUUCUGAGGAGGUGGGGCCUGCGGAGGUAUUCCUGGAUCCUCUCCGUGUGGUUCCACCACUCCAGAGAGACUCCUCGCUGCAGUCAGAGAUCAUGGAGACGGUGCUGCCAGGAGGCCGAGACUUCAGCAGCGCUGCCACCAGCGGCUUGGGCGACAGGCACUCGGAGGGCGGUGCAGGCAGCAGCGGCACAGCUGGAGCUAUGUUUGACGACAGUGCGGCUGCUGAUUUGUCAUUGUGCUCAGCCCACCUCUUACCAGACACCACCUUAGCCCCUUGGGACAUGGAACCAUCCCCACCUCCCUCAGCAGGGCUGCUUGAACGGUCUAAGAGCAGUCGCUUUCUCUCUACGGCAGGUACAGCAUUCCUGGAUGAGCCUUCUCUGGUCAAGUCCCACAGCCUCAUGUUCACACCAAGAGGCUGCUAUGGUGGACUCGGGGCAGGAGUCCAGGUAAAAGCUGCAGAGUACACCAGCAUCACUGACUGCAUCGAUACACGCUGUGUCUCAGCCCCAUACACUCCUGCAGAACGCUCACACUCCCCUGGAGGAUCCGUCUCAUUCCCCUUUGAUAAGCCGUCAGACAUUGGUUCCUCUCACCCAGAGAGAGAGGCAGAGCUUAGUCACACAGAGUCUGAUCCAGAGGACCCUGAGGACCUGAUUCCAGCCCCUGAUACCCUUCGCCAAGGGGGCCUUGGCGGGCCCAGUGGGGCCCCUCUCUGCUCCCCCUUCUCCAGGCUGGAGCGAGCGAACAGCUGCUCCUCAGAUGACUCCCAUCCUUCCCUCACACUGGCCCCUCCGCACCGGAAGAGCCUGUCGGUGAGUGAGAGGAUGGAGAGGGGACCAGGUCUGGGGGCAGACAGGGGGCCUGGGCCGGGGGGCCGGGGUCUGGCAGGAACCAGAAACCCCUUCCUCAGGAGCAAGUCUGGAGCACGGCCUGAAGCAGCCAAGACUGACAGCCUCUCCAUGAGGAAGCUGGCAACUCCGUCAGCUUUCCGCAGCUUUGAUAGACAAAACUACACGUGA